GUGACUGCAUCUCUCUUAGAAGUAUCCUGCUCAGUCUGUAGUACUGUUUAUAGAGCAGAUGAUCUUGUGUCGAAGGGUGCUUAUUUUGUUUUUUUGGACCUUAAGUCCCAGGUUCGGGACAUUUUGUUGAGUGGGAGCCUGAGCACUCCAGGAACGUUGGAGUAUGAUGUGCAGGACAUCACACAAAGCUCUGCCUACCACAGCCUUCCGCUGAAAGAGGGGGAUCUCAGCGUAACGUGGAAUACCGAUGGUGUUCCGCUUUUCGAGUCUUCGAAUUACAGCAUUUGGCCUUUGCUUCUGCAAGUGAAUGAGCUGCCAUUUCACGAACGCGUGCAGAACCUGCUGCUAGCAGGUUUGUGGUUUGGCCCUAAAAAGCCAGACAUGAACUGUUUUUUGGAGCCAUUUGUGGAGGUUAUGAAUGAACUGUCUUCUGUGGGUGUUCCUUGGACUGAUGCUUCUGGCACACAAAAAGUAUCUAGAGUGUUUCCAGGGCCAUGUACAGUAGAUACUGUUGCACGCUGUAUGCUCAUGAACAUGACUCAGUUUAAUGGGGCUUUUGGGUGCGGCUGGUGUGAGGCCGAAGGAGAGGUCGUGGAGAAAGGUCGAGGCCAUGUAAGAGUGUACCCUGCGGUCGUUGGCACAACACGGUCUCAUGAGUCGUUUCUCCAUCAUUCUGAGAAGGCGGAGAAGCAAGGUGCACCAAGCCAUGGUGUUAAGGGUGCAAGCAUUCUUUUCGGAUUGGCAUUUUUCAACUUUGCCUCAGGUUUCGUUGUUGAUUACAUGCACGCUGUGUGCUCCGGGUUCGUGAGAUCCACGGCCUUUAUGUGGUUCAAAGGUCGGAGUGGGCAGCACUACCACCUGGGUAGUUUCAUGUCUGAAAUAGACAUGAAACUAAAAGCGCUGCAGCCAAUCUGGGAGAUCUCCCGACUUCCCAGAUCUCUGAAGGACAUGAAGUUCUGGAAGUCGUCGGAAUGGCGCAGCUGGAUGCUUUUUUAUUCUCCUGUGGUCCUGAAGGGGUUCCUCCCGAAAAAGUACUUCGACAACUGGCUGAAGUUUGUGCGUAUCAUGCACUUCUUGUUGAGUCGCUCAGUUCCACUUGACAGCCUUCCACAGGUGAAAAGAGCAAUGACCGCAUUCCUCAAAGAGUUCGAGGAACUCUAUGGCCAAGUCAACAUGACUUACAACACGCACUUACUCCUCCACUUGAUAGAUAGUGUGAGACUGUGGGGACCCCUCUGGGGGUACUCCGCAUAUCCCUUUGAGUCAAUGAAUGGGAAACUUGUACGACUUGUAAAUGGGACAAGAUAUGUUCAAUGUCAGAUUAUUGAUAAGUUUUCAAUAAUCCGAAGUCUUCCGAAACUGUGGGCAGUCGCCUCCAACCGCAGUGCUGAUGACCAGAUCGCGGUACUGCUCAGGUCACUGAUGAAAGGCUACAACUUGAGGAAGCAUGUGGUAAAGAAUGGUGCCGUAAUCUUCCAAGGAAAGGGUCAACCCGAAGGAGACAAAGUCCUUUUCAAGAAGGUUAGAAUUGGUGCCUUCACGUACUGUGUCAAAGCACUGGACAAGUCCCGUAGGAAGAAUUCCUACGUGUUUGUAGGGGGCAUAUUCGGGCAGCUAGUUGCCAUUGUUGCUUGGUGCAAGCGGGGGCACACGUCAUGUAGCUGUGUCAAAAAUGUGACCCUGCGUUUAGAACAACUGAAAGUAAAGGACUUUGUUCUCAGCUCUUUUGGAGCUCUUUCUCUAGUACAGUUUGUUGAAGUGCAACACACUAAUGCAAUAAUCGAAAAGGACGCUGCAUCUGUUCAGAAGUGCAUAGUUCUUUGCAAUUCUUCUCGCACCUGUCUAUGCGUUGUGAAUGAUACCUAUGUGCUUGAGUCUGUCUGAAAGCUUGCAGUGAGGAAGGAGCAUAAAAACAAAAGCCUCGAGGUGCACCUAAGUACUUCUUAUGAGUUGUGAAUGCGAAA